AUGUUGCAGCGUUGCGCAUUUCAGACAAUUGCCAGUCCCGCACUGACGCAGCGUGAAGUGGAGUUCACAAAGUCUGCGUGGCUUGCCGGGCUGCGGCCCGAUCAGCGGGGGGCACAGCAGCUGCGGGAGGUAAAGGUUGAGUUUCCACUUCUUUCCAGAGAUGUGGCGUGUGUGCGUUGCGGUGGCACCAUUGUCACCGCCGCCAUUGCAUGCGAGCUCGUGGAGCCCUCCCCGUACAGGCCAAAGCAGGGGAUGCUCGAGUUCUCCGUGCGGCAGCCAUACACCGAACGUGAUAGCGGCGCAAAGUCGAGAGAAUUGAAGACAUUAACUGCCUUUUUAGAGAGACUCAUUAAAACAGGUGGGGUUGUUGACACUGAGAGCCUCUGCAUGUUACCCGGCCGGCGUGUGUGGAGCGUCAGCGUGGACAUCACUGUGCUGAACGAUGAGGGGAACGUCACUGACGUUGUGGUGUGGGCUACUGUGGCAGUUCUGCUUCAUUACCGACGACCGGAGCUCACAAUUCGAGGAAACUCGGUUAUUGUGCACCCACCACACGAGCGAGAGCCCGUGCCUCUUUCCGUUCACCACGUUCCACUCCCCUUCAGCUUUGUUGUCACCAUGGAUCCCAGUGAUCGCAACAGAUUGUCACGGCAACACAAAGACAAUAAAGAGUUGCUUGAAGUAGUUGUGGAUCCUACCGUUGCGGAGGCGACUGCGGCGGCCUCCUCUGUUGUAGUUGCAGUCAAUGCAGAAGGACAAGUGUGUUCUGUGUCCAAGUCGGAGGGCUGCUGCAUUCAUCUUAACGAGCUUAACUACUGCAUGGAGACAGCUGCCUUGCUUGCGCCACGCGUCUUGUCGUUGAUACGGGAGGCUAUGGCGGCACACGAUGUGAGGCGGCAAGAAGCCCUUCAAGGACAGUUUUUAUGGGUACAGAAGCGCAGCGGUGUUGGCAGAGAUGUGGCAGUGCCGGAGACCACAAAGAAGGCGAGGGUUGAGACUUGA